GUGUCCGGUAUUUAUAUUUUGCAGAUCAAACUGACCCAUAGAGAAACAUAACACAUGAUUUAUAAAAAAUUGAUGUAUUUAAUCUAUAUUCCGGCGGAAAGUAUUAAUUAUUUGUUUGGCGUAUUUGGAAGGAAGCCCAAGUAGAACAAACAAAACAACAAAAUGAUGAUGAUGAUGAUAUACUUGGAGGAGAAGGGGAAGUGCAAAUAAAACCCAAAUUCUCUCUCUCUUUAUCUCUCAUUUUUUUGGUGUUUUGUUCACCAAAAUCACACACUUCACUCCAAUCUCAUCCCAGUAGCUUCUGCUGCACAUGGCAACGCAAUCACCACCACCACCGCCUCCCGCCGACGAAAACCAAGGUGCUGAAAUUAUCCAACCAACCAACGUGGAUCAGCAAAAUGCCGGAGAUGAGUCUGUUAAACCCAGUUCAACUACAUCAGUCUUUGUCAACUCUGAACCACCACGGGAAGAUCAAGUUCAGAAUGCUGUGAAAUUUCUAUCACACCCAAAAGUUAAAGGUUCACCCGUUAUGUACAGGCGGUCAUUUUUGGAGAAGAAGGGCCUUACGAAGGAGGAGAUUGAUGAAGCCUUUCGGCGUGUGCCUGAUUCAGCUCCAACUGUACAGACAGGUGGUGUAAAUCAAGAUGGGCAAUUAAAAUCAUCAUCAAAUAUUCAGCAACAACCCCAACAGCAAACUUUGCAGCCAGGUUUACCUGCUUCUACUGGUGUUAAUACUGCACCAGGAAUCUUAUCACGAUCCAGAUUUCACUGGUCACAUGCCCUUAUUCUAGUUGGAGUCCUGACUGCUUCAGGUGCUGGAACAGUUAUAAUAAUUAAGAAUUCCCUUCUUCCUCGGUUAAAGUCUUGGAUACGAAAGGUUGUCUUAGACGAAGAUGAUGAACAACUAAAGAAAACUAUUAACAAACCAACUUUGGCUGAAGAGACUGCUCAAGCUGCAAAAUCAGCAGCAGCUGCAGCUGCAGAUGUGGCAAAAGCAAGCCAAGAAAUGCUGGCUUCAAAGGGUGAAGAGAGGAAAUACUUUGUGGAAGUUGUCAGUCUUUUAGAUAAGCAAAUACAAGAAAUGAAGUUAAUGACAAGUGCAAUAAGAAGAUUGGAAGGGCAAGAAGAUCUCCGAGUCAGUCAAACAAGUUCGAAGCGACUGGUUGCGAAUGGCAAGGCGGACUAUGACAUGCGUUCAGUGAGAUCGUUAUCCCCACCUGCAUCUGUUGAACCAUCAGGUCCUCCUCAUCCAAAGUCAUAUAUGGAGAUAAUGGCCAUGGUCCAAAGAGGGGAGAAGCCUUCUAAUAUCAGAGAGAUCAAUGAUUUACCCCCCAACCCUAGUCAACAGCCGUCAGAUCCCCGCAUAUUGCCUAGAUCCAAGCCUUGGGAGAUUGGGCAGGUUCAAAACACGUCUAGCCAAGUGUUUCAUCCUCAAGUAAAUGGUGAAGAAUCGUACGUCAAGGUCCACGAUACCACUCAAUCAAAUGGGGAUGAUCCAUUGCCCUGGUGGCAGAAGAAGAAUGUCAGAAUCAGGGAGAUUGAUGAAGUUGAGUAUAAUGUAGCACCUAAUGGUGCUGCAUCCACUCAGCAGCCGCUACAACGUGUGUGGGUUCCUCCUCAACCUCCACCAAUAGCUAUGGCUGGGGCUGCAGAAGCAAUCAGGCGCCCAAAACAGGCUGUCCAAAAGGAACAGGUGUCAGAUAAUCAGUCAGUAGCUCAAUCUUCAGAUAUCUCUAAUGGGGCACACGAGAUCCCAAUACCAUCGGAAUCUGAAGGUGCUGUAGAGGGAACCAACGUCAGCUCUAGUGAGAUACAAGUCGUACAAGAAGACAGUGAAACCAAAUCUGAAGAGCAAUGAAGGUAAAUUCUAUCAUAAAAAACAUGAAGAUGGAAAUAGAGCUUUAGAAGUAGUCCCAAAUUCUGGAUAAACUGGACACAAUCUUUGUUUCAUAAACUGAACAUCGAUACAAGAUGCAAAUGCGGGUGGUGUCUUUUUCAUGAAAGAAUAUGGUACUAAAAGUAAAACACUAUUAUAGGUUUCAUGAUAUGCUAUAUUUUUACAGUUAUCAGUAGCAUCUGCAAAAUACCGGUAUGGAAUGUGAUGAUAUUAUCAUGUACUCUUAUAUUUCAAAAAUCUUUAGAAUAUGUUAUGCACAUCAAAA